AGCAUUCACCUUCUCCGCCCUCCCCCCUCCGCCGCCUCCGCCGCUCCCCCACCUUCCAGAACCUUCCUUUCCCGAAAUAGCCACCCCUACCCUACCCUACCCUACCCACCCCCGCCAAGAUCCCCGCCGCCGGCGAGCUCGAGCCCUUGGUGGUGCUCCGGCGGGCGUUGUCGCGGUCGGAUCAGCUGCUGCUGGUGCUGGUGAUGCCGCUCUCUCUUUCUUGCGUGUACUUCCGGGUGGGAGGUUGAUGGCGAUGGUGAGGUGUUCUUUGGCGCGGUUGCCCUCGCCCCCACUCUUAUCUCCUCUCCUCGCCCAUGCUACCUACCUUCCUCCCCCGCCGGAGCUGCUCUGCUGCUCGUACUAGCGUGGGAGCUGCCUCUUCUUGUUGAGCCAUUUCUUGCCUACAAGGACAGGGUGCCUCGCCGUCGCCAUUGCCGGCGUCGGAGCCGGACAAGGAGGUUCAGUGUACUGUACCGUGGUUUUGGGCCUUCUGAGCUAUGGAUGAUCCAAUGCUGAAUGCGGUGAAGGAGGAGGAGAGCCACGGGGACGGAGGAGGGUUGGAGGUGGUGGCGGGAGAGGAUGGGGCGGCGGCGGUGGCGGCGGGGGUGGCGCCGAGGCCGAUGGAGGGGCUGCACGACGCCGGGCCGCCGCCGUUCCUGACCAAGACGUACGACAUGGUGGACGACGCCGGCACCGACGCCGCCGUGUCGUGGAGCGCGACGAGCAACAGCUUCGUGGUGUGGGAUCCCCACGCCUUCGCCACCGUCUUGCUCCCCAGGUUCUUCAAGCACAACAACUUCUCCAGCUUCGUCAGGCAGCUCAACACCUAUGGUUUCAGAAAGGUGGAUCCUGAUCGGUGGGAAUUUGCAAAUGAGAAUUUUCUGCGGGGACAGAGACAUCUUCUCAAGAACAUCAAGCGUAGAAAACCACCUUCCCAUACUGCUUCAAACCAGCAAUCCCUUGGGCCAUACCUUGAGGUGGGCCACUUUGGAUAUGAUGCUGAGAUAGACCGGCUGAAGAGAGACAAGCAAUUAUUGAUGGCUGAGGUGGUGAAGCUAAGGCAGGAGCAGCAGAAUACAAAGGCAAAUCUGAAAGCCAUGGAGGAUAGGCUGCAAGGAACCGAGCAGAGGCAACAGCAGAUGAUGGCAUUCUUGGCGCGUGUCAUGAAAAAUCCUGAGUUCUUAAAACAACUUAUGUCCCAGAAUGAGAUGAGAAAGGAGCUCCAAGAUGCCAUUUCAAAGAAAAGAAGGCGUCGCAUAGAUCAGGGACCUGAAGUUGACGACGUCGGCACUAGCAGUAGCAUAGAGCAAGAGUCACCGGCCUUGUUUGAUCCCCAGGAGUCGGUGGAAUUCCUCAUCGAUGGGAUUCCCUCCGAUCUUGAAAACUCAGCUAUGGAUGCUGGAGGUCUGGUGGAGCCACAGGAUUUCGAUGUCGGCGCCUCCGAACAGCAGCAGAUCGGGCCCCAGGGGGAGUUGAACGACAAUUUCUGGGAGGAGCUGCUGAACGAAGGGCUUGUUGGUGAGGAGAACGACAACCCGGUCGUCGAGGACGACAUGAAUGUGUUGUCGGAGAAGAUGGGUUACCUCAACUCAAAUGGCCCAACGGCUGGGGAAUAGCUAAUUUCAUUCAAAUUAUACCACAUUGCUGUCAGCUUUCGCCAUGUGAAUUUAACUGAAUUUUAGUUGAAUUUCUGCUUGCUACUGGCAUGCCUCCCUCCCUGUGUUACUGACCGUAGUGAUUUGUUCGUUGUUAGGCCAUAUAGCCUGCCAGUCAUGUAAAAUGAGUAAAGGUGUUGAUGAUCCACAAAUGUUCUGUUCCGUGUUGUCAGAUGGUCUGCCUGUAUUUGUAGUCGUGCUUAGUGUGUGCAAUGUUGUAAUGAUAUCUAAUAUUAAUCUGUACUUCUCGUAAUGACAUCUGAUCUUAAUCUGAUUGCAGAAGUGCUUUGAAUUGCAUGAGAAAA